AUGCCGAAGCAGAGGAAUACUACAGGCUGGUCUUACAAUAAUGCUGCCGAGUCAUCCAAGACAGGUGCCAAGGGGCCGGCUGCUCGCGUAACAGGUGCAGGAAAGAAAGCAACAGCACAGAAGAAUCAGCUCUACUCAAAGCCUGUUCCCGUGGCUCUCGACACCGCAGAUCAAGCAGCUGCUCAGGACAGCAGCGGAGAGACCUCCUUAUGGUCUUCACUAUACACGCUGCUGACCCUGGGGCACUACUCGCCAGCGGCUGCAACCGCUUCCAACAACACCUCCAAGAUCGCACAGAAAGGCAAAGAGAAAGUGUCGGUUCACUAUGACAGAAACUUGCAGACAAUCUGGGUUGAAGAGCUCGACGAAGGGAUCAGGCUCCUCUGGCAGCGCGGCUUCUUCGGAAAAGGCAACCUUUCGCGAUCCGAGCCUACCUGGCGUCAACGUAAAGUCAAUGAAAUUGAUGCAUUGCGCAAAGGCCGCUUGACCGCUGAGCAGCUUACACAGCAAAGACGAGAAGAGCGGAAGGCCCUCAAGAUCGAACGGGCACGAGCGGCGGUACGAGCAGGGCAACAGCUACCAGAUGGCAUUUUGGCCCUGGGAGGCGAGAUCACGGACCAGGAUCGUGCGCCAGGCGCAUCGCACGACCGACUGAUGGCUGAUAUUGAACGACAGGUGGAGAAGCAACUCGACGACGAGGAUGCUGCUGAUGAGGAUGUCAAUGACGGAAAGCAAGGGCUGUGGACAGGACAGGAGGAGGUGCCAGACAUUGUGCCUGGUGUAGCACGUAUCAAGGGUCUCAAGUAUUUCGCUGAGGAGGUCAAGGCUAGCCAGGAACUCAAGGCAGCACAAUCGAAAACGGCGGGUGCCGGAGACGCCGAGGGUGCAUCACAAACACCUCAGAUGUCUGCGACACAAGAUAUUGAAGGUGAUGACAUGGCUGACAUCGACGUCGUUGACGUCGAGCGCAUGCAGCUCUCCCUCGUGGAAGCCUUCUUCCUUUCAGCGAUGUUCGGAUGCCUCGACAUCUGCACCAGCGAUGGAACCAGUGCCAUCAAGAUCCUGACUCUCGACAAAUUCUAUACAUACUGUCUGCAGUCAAGCCUACCACAAGCGUUGCUGGAUUUGCGAGACCGUGGGCUGGCGGAACGACACCUGCAGAAGCUGUACACACGGCCGGACAACCCGUUUCUCCUCAACUACGUCGCCUACCACCACUUCCGAUCACUCGGCUGGGUGGUUAAGACAGGCAUCAAAUUCUGUGCAGAUCUGCUGCUGUACAAACGCGGACCAGUGUUCUCGCACGCCGAGUUUGCCGUCGUCAUUAUCCCUUCGUACGAGGAUGCCGAGGAGGAACAAAGCAGUCCGUUCCCUCCCCACCCGAAUGCAGGCGAAAAGGAUUGGACAUGGUUCAGCACGGUGAAUCGUGUGCAGAGCCAGGUAUUGAAGACGUUGAUCUUGGCGCAUGUAUUUGUGCCGUCGUUGAAACGAUGCUCGCCGGAAAUGCUUGCCUCUCCAGAUGCGUUCUUCGAAGGUCUGAGGCAAGGAAAGACUUAUGCGGUCAAGGAGGUGGCUAUCCGACGAUGGGUGCCUGCGAGGAUGAAGCCCUGA